CGAAAAUAAUAUUCAAAUAGUAUUCUAUAUUAUUAAAUAAAGUAAAAUUCGUAUAUAAAACAAAUGCAUCAUCAUGUCGAACCUUAAUACCUUUAUAGAUGGCAACGACAGCUUUCGCGACCAGAAUUUGCGCUUCGUCAAGAAUGAAUUUGAAGACAAUAUAAAUCAGUUCUUUAGUGGUGGAGCUACAGCUACAGAUCAGACCGCCAUGACAGCACCGCCACGCGACUGGAUUAUCGUACAACCUACUCCCGGUUUCUGUGUGAAGAGCUUUAAGAUCAACAGCGAUGAAAAGUUCUUCAUAAACGUUUGCCAAGCACCGGAAGUGCCUGGACCCAAAGAUAUAUCCGAUGGCGAGCUAAUAAGUAUAUUGGAAUCAACGACGCCCGGAUCGUUUCGCGUCCCAAUGAGCAUUUCGGAGAUACGUCAUACCAAAGAUCGCUCCAAUAACUCCGUAGAAGUGUGCGACAUAGCAAUAAAUCCAAACUUUUUGACAAAAAUAAAAAAAUCGCAACUCUUCAACAAUUUCUUUUUGCAAAUCGUUGCCGAAGCGCUCAGCGAAAAAUACAAUGUACAAAUAACGAUGGAUAAGACAAUAAUAUUGAGUAAUCGCAAAUUUAUCGGCACUUUGGUGGCGCAUCGUGUGAGAAACGAGGAUAUGCAAAGAGCAAGCGGUGCAUGUGGUACACCUGACGCAGUUGGCAGAGCAAUUUCGGGAAACAAAAAUACAGCGGAGCCAUCCACGUCCACAUCCACAAAGCCUUCGAAAUUAGUGCAGGAAAUUGAUGAGCAGCAUGCUGCAACUAUUCGUAACAACUGGACCAAAAAUCAUCAGCCGCUUUAUAAGCUACGCGCCCGAAUCCGCGAUGAGAAUGUCGACGAAAUUCAUGCCGAGCUUUAUUUACCCAAUUGCGUUUCAUCCCAAGAGUUCAGCUUGGAUGUAGGCGAAGAUCGCAUUUUGGUUGAGUCCUUGAAACAUGGCUAUAUAUUUGAUACAUUUGUCAAAUAUCGCCUCAAUCAGGAGCGUGCGCAGGCGCUAUUUGAUAAAACAAGCAAGAUGCUUCAAAUUCGUAUUCCGGUCAUUACACCACAAAGCGGCAUUCAACCAACAAAUAAACGAAUUUGUGAGCAAUUAGCUAUGGAUUAUAGAUACAGCGCCUACGGCAUUGGCCAGCGUCGUCAGCCCAAUGAUGCAUCGUCUUUUGCGCCAAUUCGCGGCKGUGGUGGUGGCAGCGGUGCCGGCGGCGGCGGUGGCAGCGGUAACAUCAGCGGCAACGGUGGUGGCAGUGCAGUCGACGACAAUUUCCGUCGUCCAAUGAACUAUGGUCGCACGGAUAGUUUUAACAAUAGCAACAGCGGAAUUGGUUUUAAUAAUCAAAGAUUUUCUGAAAUUGAUAGCAUCAAAUUUGGCAACAAUCAGCGUUAUUCCGAUAACGAUAACAACAAAUUUGGCAGCAUGCAAUCAAACACUUUUGGACGUUCUACCGAUGUCGGCAUCAGCGGUGGUGGCGGCGGCGGCUACUCAAAUUAUUCUAAUAACAAUCAACGUUUUAACAACAGCAAUAGCCAUGGCAGUCUUGCACCGAUCAAGAGUAGCUUUGACGAUAAGUUUCGACCACAACAGCCACAACUACAGCCGCAGCAGUCGCAGUCGCAUUCAAAUUUCCUUGGCCGCUCUUUUGAGCCAAGAUCAAACUCUGUUUCUAUGUCUGGCUCUGAUAAUUAUCGUGGGCCCCUGCAUCAACAACAACAGCUGCCAAGCAAUUUGGGCCUAACUCGUUCCAUUAGCGAUCUUAAUUACAGCAACAUUCACACUAACAACAACAUCAACAACAAAUCGGACAACACUCCAUCACGUUUUUACAAUAAUGAUCGCAACUUGGACACAUUUAGGCGCGAUACCUUCAGUGGCGUCAGCGGUGGCGGUGGCGGUGGCCAAGACUCGAAUCAUGUGAGCCGCACUGGCUCCAAUUUCAAGUUCAACAAUGAUCGCCCGGCAGCACCGUAUGGGCGUGCCAAUAAUACUGGAAACUUUGACAAUUUUAAUGAUCGCAAUUUUAAUAACGACUUUCGUGGGCCACAACCGCCCAACGAUUAUGGCUUAAACUUUGACAACAACAAAAUCAAUAACAGCAAUAGCAGCAACAGCAGCAAUCCACAAUCAUUUUACAAUAACAACAAUAACAGCCAGAACAAUGGGCCGGGCAACUAUCGCGGUCCGAACAACUCUGGUUCCGCUGGCAAUACUUUGGCAGUGUUGGAAACGGUCAAUGCUUUGAUGAAGAACCAAUCGAACUGGCAAGUGGGCAACAACAAUUAUGGCUUUGGACCGGGUAAACCGAUUGGCGGCGGCAAUCGCAACAAUAAAUGGAAUGGACCUGCAAAUAUUAGUGGACCGCCGAUUCCCAAGCCUAAUCAAGCUGCCAUGGGCAAUAGGCCACCGUUUCCCAAUCAGGGGCUAGGGCAAGGACAAGGACAAGGACAAGGAGGGGGACGUGCUCCCAGACAAAUUAACAGCAACAAUAUCAAUUAUAAUAACAAGCCACAGUUGCCCAAUGUUGCACGUAACAAGCAGUUCAAUCCACAACAGCAGCAGCAACAACAACCGAAACAGCAACAACAACCGAAACAGCAGCAACAACAACAACCGAAACAGCAGCAACAACAACAACCGAAACAGCAGCAGCAACAACAACAAAAACAGAAACAGCAGCCGCAGCCGCAGCCGCUGCCUCAAAGACAAUUUGUUAAUAGGAAUGUAUCGACAGUUAAGAAUGUGAGUGUCAAUGGCGGCAAACCGAAACCCGUUAAUAUGCCGCCCAAGCCGAAUGCGCCCAAUGCUGCCCCAAAUACUCAAGCGAAAGGCAUUAACAACAACAGUAACAACAACAAAAAAGAGAUUGAAGCACAGAAGCCAGCAGAGAAAACUAUUGUUAAAGUUGGAGCUCAAAAGCGUGUGGCUGAGCUAGCUCCUGCGCCCCUGACCAAGGCGGAUAUCAAGCGUCGCAAGCUCGCAAUUAAGCGUGGAUUUUUGAUCGGCGGCUUUAAGCUGCCCUAUAUUAAUAACCUGAAAGUAGCGUUGCCUCAGCCCGAGGAUAAAUCGUAUGCGAUUAUGUUCUUCGAACAGUUGCCCAAUUAUAGUACAAGCGGCGAAGAGCUGGACGAUGAGGCAAUGGCUGAGAGUCAGGAUUACGAGCAGGAAGGCAAAAAUGCUGGACGCACCUUGGUGAAACGCAUUCGCAAACGUUUGCACUACGAGUGGGCCAUCAAGGAGGAGGCCAAGAAAUAUACAUCGUGGCAGAGCUGGUGGACAGAUUACAAGUGGUGCGAGGAGGCUAUCAAGGAGGAACUGGCCACCUUUGGCAGCGUUAAUUUGCGCAAUUGCUUUAUACCUGAUUUGCCACGUCUGACCACUGAACAGGUGGUCGACGUUAUUGUUAACCAAGCCCAAUUUGCAUUGCAAAAGAAUUCGGACAAUUAUUUCAAUAAUAUGAAGUCCAUAUUUACACUAAUGAAUAUCACAUUUUUGGAGAACCUCAAGAUGCCCAAUACCGAGAAGGUUCAGAAUAUGAUACGAACGGUUCCAAAUGAAUUUUGGACUUACAAAAUGCGCAGCAUGAUCUAUUUGUGGGCUCAGUAUAAGAAAAUCUCAAAGACUUCGUCGCCGUCCACGGAAACUGGAGUCAAAGAGCUGCAGGCCAUAGCACGCGAUUGGAAGAAUCCGUUAUUCCAUUGGAUAGCCAAGCAGGCAUUCGACGAGUUGAAGGCCAUCAGCGAGGUGGAAUGGCCGGAACACAAACAGCAGUACCCAACUUUAGAGUCCGCUGCACCUUUAUCAUCUUAAAGCAAAUUCUACACCUGUAUGCAUUUUGAAACCCAAGUUGAUAUAAAUUUGAUUAUACAUAUAUAAAUGAUUUUUAUGUGUCCACCCAUAAGCAAAAA